AUGACCACGGUACAGGACCGCGUCCGCGGGACAGUGCAGUCGCUCUUCCUCAGCGACGUGGAGAUGGGCAAGAAGGACGACGACCACCUGCGGCCGCGGACGGGCAGCAGUAGUUCUGGCCAUGGGGCCUCAUCUGUCCUUCACUCGGUGCGUGUGCAUCCGCGCAAGCUCCUCAAGCGGCUGGCAAUCGGCGUGUUAGCCUUGCUUGCUGUCUACCUAUUUGUCAAGAACUUGCCCAGCGACUUGCCGGUUCGCGACCAUCGCCGGCCUGUUUACCAGGAUGCGACACAGCCGCGUGGACACGACCGACAGAAGUCUCCGCCUCCUCCACGUCCGCCGCCGCCGCCGCCGGAGCAUCCAAAGGCCCAAGCGCCACCCUUUAAUGACCGCCUCGGCAACCUCAAGGCGCCUGAGGUCCCGCCAUCCGCGCCCGUCGCCCCCGAUGCAGCCCCUCCCCAGCCGCGCGCCUCGGCCGUAAGCCCAGCAGUCGGCUACUACAACGGCCAGCUGCGCUUCCUUGAGCUCGCCGGCAGCCUCCGCUCGAUCAGUAGCACCCACGGCUCGUUCAGGGUCAACAAGAACGUCCUCUUCGCCGCCGGAAGUCUGAAUAGCAUCGCCACGCUGCUGCCGCUGGCCUGCCAGAUGGGCACCGAGCUGCGCAGCUAUGUACACUUUAUGGUGAUGAGCAAGAGCGAGAUCAGCCUUGCCGCUCUGCAGCAGAUUCACGGCAUAGACGCCUCGUGCAAUAUUUUCUUCCAUGAUGCACGGCCCGAGUACGCCUCCAUUUCGACGGACGAGCGCAUGGAAAACGGCGUCGACGUCGCCAUGUCCCACGUCCAGCUCUACAUGCACCCGCAGGCCAUUAUCAUUGACGGCACCAACGCCGAGGAGAACUUUUUCAAGGCCGGCAUGCGAACCCACGCCAAGUCCAGCCACACCACGCUCAUCGAGCUGCCCAAGCGCGCGCCGCAGCGGCUAGCCUGGCUCACCAAGCUCGACAGCGCGUCUCUGUCCAGCUGGAACAAGAUCAGCAUCGACAUCCUCAUCCACGCGUAUCCGGGCGCUUCGGGCAGCCUGAUCCGCCUGCUCAAGUCGCUGAGCGGCGCUGAUUUUGGUGGCGGCUCCGUUCCCCACGUCACCAUUGAGCUGCCGCAAAAGAUAGACCCGCCGACCGUGGAGUUCCUCGAGUCGUUCCGCUGGCCGCCUGCCGGGUUUGCCGACGCGUCGGACACGAAGCAGCUUUCGCUGCGCCACCGCAUCCCCAAACAUGGUGUCAGCGAGGAGGAGAGCUCCGUCCGCUUCCUCGAGUCGUUUUGGCCGACGCACCCACAAGACUCGCAUGUGCUCGUGCUGUCACCUCAGACGGAGCUCGCGCCCGACUUUUUUCACUACAUCAAGUAUGCCCUACUCGAGUACCGCUACUCGAAUCCGGCCCUGCUUCAAGAGUGGGACAAGCGUCUUUUUGGUAUCAGCCUCGACCUGCCGCGCACUGCCUUGGAUGGCUCGACUCCGUUUGUGCCGCCAGCACCAUUGAAAAAGGGAGAUGCGACAGAGGCGGCCGGUGCCUCGGCGGCCGGUGCCUCGGCCGAUACAUCCGCCGACUCCUCGUUCCUCUGGCAGGCCCCCAACAGCAACGCGGUUCUUUUCCUUGGCGAGCGCUGGGCCGAUCUGCAUCAGUUCGUCGCCCAGCUGCUCGAGGCCCAACGCAUGGCCGAGCCCGAGUCCAAGUCUCAUGCAGAACAGCCUGUCAAGCGCGUCAGCAAAACCUUCCCCGCCUGGCUCGAACAUGCCCUCCAGCUCUGCCAGGCCCGCGGCUUCUGGACCCUCUACCCCAGCUCCACCACCGCCAGCGCCCUCGCCACCGUCCACGACGAGCUCUACAAGCCGCCCGAGGAGUACGAAGAGGACGUCCUGGCCGACGCGGCCGCGGCCGGCAGCAACCCGCACUGGACCGGCUCGGACGAGGUGCGUCUGGGCAGCAAGACGCUGCUCGAGGCGCUGCCACACCGCGGUGGAACUGCUACAGGAGACACCACCGGCCUUGCACCCUUCUCGGACCUUCCGCUGUUGGCAUGGGACGGCAAGUCCGUCACGCUAGACGAACUCAACGACCAGUCCGUCGAGUACGCGACGCACUUCCGCCGCACUACGGGUGGCUGUAGCGAGGGUAUGCUGGCCGUGCUGCUACCGGAGACGCUGUUUUGUAACGACACGGACGGCUAG